GUUGGCGUUUUUUUGUCAGGUGUAUGCUCUGCAAUCAAUUAGUUUUCUGCUCUCUGAAAAGGCCUGGAUCCCUGCAAGCAUGGACCACGAACUUUCACCCGAUGCCUCAAGAUCGGAAGGCACAAACGAAAAACCACACAAACCCAAGAAGGAAAAGAAGAAAAAGGAGAAGAGUGCAGAUCCAGACCACAAAACCAAAAAGGAGAAGCACAAAAAGCACAGGGAGCGCGAUCAGUUCCAGGAUGAGGGGCCGGACGACGGAGGCGGCGAGAGUGCUGCGGCCGUGAAGCACGAACAGGACAGGCGGUACUCGCUGAUCAUCCAGGGCUCGGGUGAUGUGGACGGCGGGCCUGGCCUCCAUUACAUGGCCUAUGUGGUGAUGGACGACCUGGCCGACAAGCUGAAGCUGCUCGACUACGAGCGCGACUUUUGCAAGCCGCUCAAGAUGAAGCCGCUUAACCGACACUAUUUCGUGUACUCGUUCAACGUGGGCGAGCAGUUUUACCUGUUCACGUCGCUGGCGGCCUGGCUGGUACGUAAAGCCGGGCGGCAGAUGGAGCAGCCGCAGGAGUACGACGACCCUAACGUCACCAUCUCCACCAUCCUCGACAACUGCCGUCAGAUGGGGCUGCACGUCGACUUCCCGCCCAGUAAGCUGAAACAGGGCAGCGGCGAGCAGGUAAUCUACAUCAUCGACCGGCUGGCCGACCAGGCACUGAAGACGGUGAACUUCCAGUGGCAGAAGCCGGAGAUGCCCGAUGGCGAGGAGAUCGUCGAGAAGGAGGAAGACGAGGCAGAGAUCACCACCGAGAAGAUGGACGAGGACGUGGAAGACGCGUUCUCGGAGGAGGAGGACGAGGGCGCCGUGCUCAACCUGGAGGACCUGAAGAACCUCUCCAUUCAGGGCCUCAACAUCCAGAUGGACGCACAAAAGCCGGACGAUAUCCUCGAGUCGACCACCAACACGGAGGAGUGGCGGCUGGAGAUGGAGCGCGUGCUGCCGCAGCUGCGCGUGCAGAUCCGUUCGGACACACGCGACUGGCGCAAUCACUUGGACCAGAUGCAUCAGUACCGCGGUGCCAUCGACGAUUCGCUGUCGGAGACGCAGUCGCUGCUCAAUAAGCUGCACGGUGACGUCAGGGGCACGCUCGACAAGAUCGUCAAUCGCGAGAAGUACCUGAACUCGCAGCUGGAGCACUUGCUGGCCGACUACCGCACCAUGGUGGAUGAACGCGACAGUACGCAGGAGCAGUACAAGACGGUGAACGUCGGCGUGGUGGAGCGGUCGCGGCAGCUGGCGCAGCUGACGGACGAGCUCGAUUCGGUCAAGCAGGAGCUGGAGGAGCGCGGCACCAGCAUGACCGACGGCACGCCGCUCGUCAACAUACGCAAGGCGCUCAACCGCAUCAAGCAGGAGGUGCAGGGCAUGGACGUGCGCAUCGGCGUGGUGGAGCACACGCUGCUGCAGUUCCGGCUGCGCGACAAGGAGGCGCUUCAGCAGGAGGCCAACGUCCAGUUCACCACCAACAGCAUCGGGCUGUACUGAAGCGUGCCGUUGGGAUGUCAGCACAUACUGACGGCAGGUGGGAAGUCACGUCCUGAUCUCGGCUGUUUCAACUGCGAGGAAUGGCUUGAAUCACUCUAGUCGAUGGAUCUCGCCCUUAUUCACUAGACGUUUGGAUUGUGAGGCGGAGCGGAGGUCACGUUACGCUUGGUUUCGGUGCACCAUUGGCAGCCCUCGAGAGUCUGCCCGGCACGGUACGUCGUUACGCACUGCGCUGGCUGCCAGUGCACCCGUUUAGCAUAGUGGGCUUACAGUGGGUCGGGCACGUCGGGCUGCACUAGGGCACGCAGCGGUGUAUUUAGUAAGAUCGCAGCCCUUUAAAUUUUUCCACUAAGCUCAGAGUGGUCUUCUUCCCCUGUGCAUUGGUCAACAACAGAAGCCCUCUAAAAAAUAUUGUUCGCGUGUUUGUGGGCCCAUUCGCAUAAAGCGUGUCUGAUCUCGACGUUAUUCAGGUAAGAUUACACGAUUCCGUCCACGUGUUUGCUCCAGCUGCGAUUGUUUUGGUGUCUAGUAUAGCACUUGAAGUGACUAGCCGAGUACUUCAUACUCUGAAAGGUGCAUGCCUUGAGUGACAUGUGUAUCGUGCUUAACCGGGAUUUGCGUUAAGUCGCUAACGUUUUGGUGGCGCACGUUUCGAUAUUUAUUGUUUUUGUUUUGGACACUUUGUUGCCCUUUUAUUGCAAUUUGUUGGGCAGUUUUUGGAUCAUGAGCCGAGUAGUAUUUUUUGAUAUUGCGAGAUAUUUAUGGAUAUUUAAGGUAAAGUAUUUCGUAUGGCUGCAAUAUUGUCGAAUAUUUGUUUCGAAUAGCAUCGGUUUAUUUGCCGCGUUAUAUGACUCAUAGAAACAUACCAGCUUACUUGUUUGUAGCCACACUGAGACACUGUGACAUUCCUAUUAGAUGCGCAACAGCUAUGGAUUGGUUUUCGUCGUGUUUUGUUCAACGCACUGUGUUUGCAUCAUUUUGACGAUGGCUUGUUUGAAGCGAUUUUGACUACGUCAAAGACUUUGUGUAAUCUUUUAUGGUAUCGGACUCGGCUAAUUCAAUCGCUGUCUUUCAACACGCGCUCGGAUGGGGUGGGGGUCAACUGACCCCCGAGGGUUUUCCGUAAUUAUUUCCGACAGGUGCGGUGCAGCUGUGCCAAACUUUGCAUAGCUGUACGCAAUUGAAUAGCGGGUCUUUUGUGCAAAAAAAAAACUUGUAAGAUUGCUGACUUGUGGCAGGUCAACUUCAGGCCGUGGCUGUCAGCGAAGGGCUUUUAAAGGAAUCGUUCAGUGUGAUGCGACAACGGAGCGUUAGAACAAGCCAUGCAUAUAGUUUUGGGGCAAUAAACCAAUUAAAGUUAGAAUUGCCAGAAAUUCCAUGGACCUGGGGUCAGGCAUGAAGACCAGACGGGGGUCAAAACUAACCUGGGCUGGGUUCUUGGGCAGUUUCCGGUGCUUACUUCGAAUUCAUCAACGACAGAGAUUUUGAAAGGCAUGUCCCAUGGAUAUUUUAAAGGUCAGAGUAUGCCACUGACCUGAAAUGGCCCGGGUUUUUUAGGAACUUACCCAUUUUGGUUUUAUGAACCUACCUCCUGGCAUUUUCUCUGACGUUUAUUGAAAUGACAAAAUGGGGGCAGGUGUUUGAUCGUUUUGCGUUAUAAAGGUCAAACCAGGUCACUAACCUUAAUUUAACACCAUUACUGUUUUGCUUAGAACAUGUAUCUUGUUUCACGGCGGUUGCAUGAGAAUGUCUAGGGGCGCCUGAGACCCCAAGCAGGAGUUGGACCUCGUUUGAACUCAUUUGAUCCGGAGGUCGUGACUAAGGAACCUCAAAUUUUGACGCAAGUGUGUUUACAUGCAGCUCAACCUGCCGUGUGAAUUUGGUGUCUAGCUAUCAUAGUUUUCCAGAUUUCAGGGGGCGGGUGGUCAAAUUGACCCUGCCUCCACCCCCACC